AUGGGUACACCAUCCAUGGAACCAGACCAGGAGCCAGCCACGACGUCGCGUGUCAAGUCACCAGCAACAGAACAGCUCCGACAUAGACAGAAUGCAUCGACCGGAUCGAAUGUGAAUGGCUUUGCACCCUUGUCUUCCUCUCCCGGCAAGCUCCGACGCAGCUCAACCUUCUCAGAGGCUGUUUCGGAGACUCGUCGAUCUAUAAAAUCGUCAACAGACGACUUAUUUUUUCCCCGUGCCAACAUUAGUACCGGGAGUACCAGACCCGAUAAUACAGACUCGCCCUGGCAUUCAAGCCCCCUCCUACUGGCUCUUUUGCCGGGCCUAGGUGGACUUCUCUUUCACAACGGAGCCGCCGUCUUCACAGAUGUCGCCUUGCUAUCUCUUGCAGCGGUCUUCUUAAAUUGGUCUGUUAGGCUACCAUGGGAAUGGUACUUUGCCGCUCAGGAGCGAGUUCGAUUAGCACAUGAUGCCUAUGAUGCCGAAGACUUAGAUGAUUCUGAUGCUGAGAUUGGAUCACCUCCGCAAAGUGCAGAGGAUUGCGCCUCCCAGGACAAUCCAGAGAAUGAAGGAAAACCACACCCUCCCCUACGCCGAAAGAAGUAUGCGGUAGCAUAUCUAAAUGCAAAACGUGAACUGCAAACCCACGAACUCUCAGCACUCGCCUCAUGUUUUCUAUUCCCAGUUUUAGCCGCAUACCUUCUGCACUAUAUCAGAUUUCGGCUAUCACGGCCAUCCGAAGGCCUGGUUUCAAACUACAGUCUUACUCUCUUCUUACUCGCUGCCGAAAUACGUCCCGUCUCACAUUUGCUAAAAAUGGUGCAGGCCAGAACCCUCUACCUGCAACGUGUGGUUGAAUCUAGCCAGUUGAGACGCAUUAGCGAUAAGGUCCCUGAAUCUGAUGCAGUUGUUGAGCUUUCGAAGCGGCUUGAUGAUCUAGAAUCCCGCUUCACAACAGCGAAUUUAGAGCUUACUUCCUUUGAAGAAAGCCACAGCAAACAUAAGCCUCCCAGGGAACUUAUUGAGGAAGCACGGAAAGCUAUGAAAAGUGAUAUAUAUACCCUUGAUAAACUGGUUCGCAGUCAGGAGAGGCGCUAUAGCACUAUAUCAGCCAAAGUGGAUGCACAUAUACGCACCAUAGACAGCUACAUGGUGGAGCUCGGCCCACUAGCCACUUCAGGGAAGCGAGGGAGACCUGGGCCCGAUAACGGAUCUAAGCAUUCUUCGAUGCAAAGCAUGAUAUCCACUAUUUGUGCUAUUGCUACUUCGCCCUUACGGAUUGUUUGGUCUGUUGUCAAGCUGCCCAUAUACCCUUUUGCUCGAGUAUACCACAAUAUGAAUAUCAGCCAGGGUAUAAGGGAGUAA